AUGCGCAACUACUGGCCGCUGUUUCUGGUAUUAGCCGGUAUAGCUCGUACACAGAAUAGCAACACAGUGCCAGCUGCUCAGAAACCAUCAGAGGCUGUAUCGCCGUCCACCAAACCUUUCGAAGAAGGAAUCAACGCGCAAGAUUAUGGACAGAAACCGGCUACAUGCAAGACCACUACCACGGUGUACGAUUAUGGGCGGCCUUCUAUAUCUACAAUACGAAUCACAGUCACUGCACCCAUGACCUGUCCAAGUCCCAGUACGUCGAUUAGGACUGUAACAAACACCAUCACCCCUUCCAGAGGCUACGAAGUUCUUCCCUCGCCUAUCACAGUUACCGUUACGAAGACAACAAGUGUGACCAACGGCGGUGGAUAUGGUCCACCUGCGAAGACUGUUACAAUUACUUCCAUUCAAUCCUGCUCCACUCGCUUUCCGGUAACUAUCACAGAGACCAAAAAUUCUACAACAACAAAAACUGAAAAAGAAACCAUCACAAAGCCAGGUCUCAAUCUUACUGAGACUUCGACGUACACGUUUACAGAACAUAUUACUGGCCCAACGAUAACGGUCAACAACACUUUGACGGAACGGACGACUACAACACUCAUUUCGACGUUUGUGACGCUUCUUCCAACGACUGAGAUCAGCUACACCCCGACGACUGAAUAUACGACUAUACCAAUAAAGACGACUGAUCUUGAUACCACGACUAAAACACUCGUAUCUACAACCACGAGCGUUUCGACAUCCAUAUACACUUCUCUCACGACUUUCUCCACAACUCUCUUUGACACAAUAACCUUAACAUUACCUGGAACAACUUCGAUCACCACUACAACAGUAGUCUCGCAAACCACCGCAACACUUACACUGACUGAGCUGAUUUCUAUGAUCGAGACCGUACCAGGGCCAACAUUAUCAGUACCAGGCCCUACAGAGACCUCAGUCCAAACCGUCUCAGUGCCUGGACCAACCGAAACUGUUAUUAGCCUCGAACCAACUACAACAACAGAAACCACUAGUACGACGGAGACUUCCUGGGCCACUAGUAUAUCUACGUCCGUUUCGAAGUUGACGACAACUGAGUUUGUUCCCACAACUAUAUCUCUUCCUGGUACAACUAGCAUAAGUACCCAAACCAUUGUCUCUGAAAUCUUGGUUACAUCCACAUUCAUAGUGGAGAUCCCAGGACCAACCCAAGAAGUUAUCGUACCAGGCCCAACUCAGACAGUGGAGCGAACAGAGACAGUUGUCGAGACCCUGACACAAGUUUCAACUCAGCUUAGCACCUUGACAUUGCCACCUCAAGUUAUUGUUACUACGACAACGCUUCCUGGCGUCACGUCUAUGGUAACGACCGAACUUCCACCAAGUACUACAAUUUCCACGACUGUCUCAACUCUGACAUUGCCACCAACUACCGUCACUUCGGUGUCGGUCUCUCCCCCAACAACUAUCACAGACACGUACACGCAACCAGGGCAGAUUACUACAUCAACUCUUACGCUUACAGGGAGCCUCUUGACCGUCACUACACAACUUCCUGCGACUACGCAGCUUUCUACUAUCACUUUACCAGGGCAAGUCAUAACUUCUACUAUCCAGCUCCCUGGAACUACUUCAGUUGUGACUACGCAGUUACCCGCGAGUACUGUCGUCUCUACGCUUACCCUGCCACCUGAAGUUGUUACAUCAGUCAUCCAACUCCCUGGAGUAACUUCGGUGGUUACUAUGCAAUUGCCGCCAAGCACAAUUAUCUCUACAACAACUCAACCAGCUAUGACGUCGACAGUGGUGAGCGAGCUCCCCGGAAGUGUGACCACAAGCACCGUGCUCUCGACUGCAACUUUGCCGGCCUCUGUUAUAACAAGUACUGUAUCGCUUCCCGGCUCGAGUUUAGUGUCAACUUUGACAUUGCCAGCUGAGACGACUGUCUCUAUCAUCUUGGUCACGCAAACAUUUGUCACUAUUCUAACUCAACCAACUACUGUCACCGAGACGCUGACUCCCUCCCUCCCAUCAGCCUCUUCAGUAUCUAUGUCUUGCUCCAGCGCAUGCCAGAUUGAUGUAACGGCGCAGCGAUUGGGCUACCCAGGAACCGUCGUCGUUUCGACUACAUCGCUACCUGUUGUGACUCUCGACAUCUACACCAACGCCGCUAAAGAAGACGUAAGCUCCACGCUCUACACAAACGAGCUCCCACCACCAAGUCAGACCAUCACCUGGGACUACUCUGGCGUACCUCUGACAUGGCCCACCGUGUACGCUGCCUAUGCGACAUUCAGCCGCAUCGAAGUUGAGCCAAUCGGCUCAGCAUGUGUGAGCGAAACAUCAACUCUAGCAUUGCCAGUACCUACAGUCUGGCCACCCCUUAUCGUUAUAGAAAGCGAGAUCCCAGAGCCAAAAUCAUCAGUACCGCCUACAGUAGUCAAUUAUCUGAAUACUCUCCCCACCGUCAUCCAACAGCUUGGCCAGCCCAUCGGAUCCAGUGCUUGCGAUCCUAUCGUAGGAAGCACUGCGGACCCAGACACUUCAACACGCGGCUCGACCACGUAUCUAUCCCGCGUCCCCGCUGCAACAACUAUAAUCCGGCGUCUACCGACAGCCGAAAGCGCUGUGGUGACAGAGACAUCUGCGGCUCCAGCUAGUACAACCGCUGCACCGACAUCUACUGCAUCUCCCACUAACUUGCCGCCGCCGCCACCUCCUCCGUCAUCUAGCUUACGUACGCCUGUUCCAUCUCCAUCUUCAUCUCCCGCACCACCUCGCUCUUCUACCCCAAUCUCCAGUGGUUCUCCAUCAACAAAUACCUCACCCCCAUCACUCAGCACCGCUGACACCUCAUCUCAAGGUCCCCCACCCCCACCCUCAUCUACAGAAUCAACAAGCCUCCUCACCCCCGAAGAAGAACCUUUUUCUUCCUCCAUUCCCCCCGGCAUCAUAUCCACCCCGCCUUCUACACGCUCAAGCACGACGACUACGUCUACCGAAGACGGGCCAUCGUUUUCUGUGCAAUCUUCUAGUUUGCUUCCUGGGUUCACGGGCGGUGCUGUGGUGCCUACGGGGCGGAUUGCGGGGUUUCUAAUUGGAGCGGCGGGGGUGGGCUUGGGAUUGUUUUGA